GCGGCGGGGGGGAGCCCGGCGAGGGGCCGGAGAAGCGGGGCGAGCGGCGAGCGGCGGCGGCGGCGGCAGCAAGAUGGCGGCCAAGUCGGACGGCGGCGGCGGGGGCGCGGGGGUCGGCUUCGCCCAGCUGCACAACCUGGACGAGGCGGCGGCGGCCGCGGCGGGGGGCGGCGGCGACGGGGCGGACGAGCAGGGCGGCAGCAGCUCCCUGCACAUCUGCCACUGCUGCAACACCUCGUCGUGCUACUGGGGCUGCCGGAGCGCCUGCCUGCGGAGCCUGCUGGGGCGGGCGGGGGGCCGGGCCGGGGGCGGCGGGGGCACGGACCCCGUGGCCCCGGGCUCCUCCUCCGAGGGGCCGCCGCACUCCCCGGGGGGGCCCGGGGGCGGCGGCGAGCGGCCGUGGCUGGACUGCCUGUGGAUCGUGCUGGCGCUGCUGGUGCUGCUGGGGGACGUGGGCACGGACCUGUGGCUGGCCCUGCAUCACUACGGGCGGCGGGACUACGUGUGGUGCGGCCUGACCCUGGCCUUCGUGCUGCUGCCCUCCGUGCUGGUGCAGAUCCUCAGCUUCCGCUGGUUCGUGCAGGACUACACGGGCGGCGGGCUGGGCGCCGUGCAGGGCCUCAGCAGCCGCGGGCCGCCCAUGAUGGGGGCCGUCGGGCGCCGGCCGGGGGCCGCCGGCACCGCCACCCCGGGGGCCCAGCGCCUCUGCAGGCUCUCCGUCUGGAUCUGGCAGGCCGUCAUCCACCUGCUGCAGAUGGGACAGGUCUGGAGGUAUAUCCGAACCAUGUACCUGGGGAUCCAGAGCCAGAGGCGGAAGGAACACCAGCGGCGCUUCUACUGGGCUAUGAUGUACGAGUAUGCAGACGUAAACAUGCUGCGCCUCCUGGAGACUUUCCUGGAGAGCGCGCCCCAACUGGUGCUACAGCUCUGCAUAAUGAUCCAAAAGAACCGUGCAGAAACAUUACCAUGUGUGUCCUCUGUGGCGUCCCUGAUGUCCCUGGCUUGGGUGCUAGCCUCCUAUCACAAGCUUCUUCGGGACUCUAGGGAUGACAAGAAGAGUAUGAGCUACAGAGGGGCCCUCAUACAUCUCUUCUGGCGCCUCUUCACCAUCUCAUCCAGAGUUAUCUCUUUUGCCCUCUUUGCUUCCAUCUUCCAGCUCUACUUUGGGAUCUUUGUAGUGGUCCACUGGUGUGCCAUGGCUUUCUGGAUCAUCCAUGGUGGGACUGACUUCUGCAUGUCUAAGUGGGAGGAGAUCCUCUUCAACAUGGUGGUAGGGAUUGUGUACAUUUUCUGCUGGUUUAAUGUCAAGGAAGGGCGGACUCGAUACAGAAUGUUUGCAUAUUACACUGUAGUCUUGACAGAGAAUGCUGCCUUGACGCUCCUUUGGUAUUUUUACAGAGAUCCUACAACUACUGACUCAUAUGCCGUGCCAGCACUGUGUUGUGUCUUUCUUAGCUUUGCUGCUGGGAUAGCUUUGAUGCUCUUCUAUUAUGGUGUGCUGCAUCCCAUGGGGCCGAGAGCUAAGAUUUUUGCCAGCUCCUGUUGCGCCGAGCUGCUCUGGGGCAUUCCUUUGCCUCCUGAUGUUGAGCCCAUGGCACCCGAAACCCCUGGGUACCGGGGGGCCCAGGCUACGCCUACCAGAGCGGUCACGGAGCAACAGGAGGAACUCACAGCUGACACUUGCUUGCCAGUUUUCCAGGUGAGAGCAAUGGUGCCAUCUACUCCAUCUGGGCGAGCCUACUACCCAGAAGGCCCUCUCAUUAAGAUUGACAUCCCAAGAAAGAGAUACCCUGCAUGGGAUGCCCAUUUUGUAGACAGGAGGUUAAGAAGAACUAUCAACAUUCUCCAGUAUGUCACCCCCACAGCUGUAGGUAUUAGGUAUAGAGACGGACCUCUCUUGUAUGAGUUGCUACAAUAUGAGUCUUCACUUUAAAGCUCCUUUAAAAAAAAAAAAAAGAGGGGAUCUUAUUUUUGUUUAUGGUAAACACAGAUCAUGAAACAAACACACACCUUCAGAUAAGCUUUCUUUCUGGCUGCUGUAUGUAUAAAAAAAAAAGAUAAUCUCUAUGUUUUGUAAGUAAAAACAAAAAGAAAAACUUUUCUUUUGUUUUUUACACACAAGAAACAGUAUUUCAACUUCCACACCUACGAUCCACAGGUGGAGAAGAGGCGUCUCCACGUCACAGUUUUAUACCUUACACCCAGUGUAGAACAUUAUAUAUGGGAUUGGUGCUGAUUGAAAAAUAAAAACAAACAAACAAACAAACCUACAACUGCCUUAUGCCCUUAGGUGCUGAGUUUCAUUAAGUACUGUCACCUUUCUCAUGCAAAACUCUUGGGUGAUUUUAUGCCAGGAAAAAAAUAAAAAAACCUAAAUACAAAACUUAAAAAAAAAAAGAUGAAAAAAAACAAAAAGAAACGAGAAAAGAACAAGAAACCUACAAAAGGUAUUGCUGCUCUUAUUGGAUAUAGGUGAACAAGAACAACGUCUAAAGAUGAGAAAGCAAAGCAGAAAAGCCCGAAAAGAGUUUGAAUCUCAAAUGGUUGAAAGAGAAGAUCAGGGCUGUAACACAAUUUGGCAACGUGUUUAUAACAUAGCUUGUUCCCACCUCUGCAGGCCAGACCAAACCAUGUUAUAAAUGUAAUCCCCUGAUCAAAUUGUUGCCUUAGUGUAAAUGGACCAUAUGUGAGUUUGCACCAAAUUCACAAAAGAAUACCAUACCUGAUCUCACUCACCACAGUUUUAUCCAGUGUUAACUCCAUUGAUUUCAAUGGACUUACUCCUGAUUCGCCCUGAUGUGAGUGAGCCCAGAAAAAGGCCUUCCAUCUUGAUUUCUGGAAAAUAACGAAUCUGCGUUCUUUAAAUUAUUCACCAAAAAUAUAAUACUAAAGUAGAUUUACAUAUAUCUAAUAAAAUAUUUCAGUAAUAAUAAAACUCAGCAUAGUAGCAAAAAGAGAGUCAAUUUAAAGGCACAAUACUUGAUCGGUGACUGGCAAAAUAAUUUGACCUAUUAUAUCAUUUUAAGGCUGUGAAAAGGCAUACAUGUAUUAUUUGUAAUAUUGUGUAAGGCCUGUUAUGUCUCCUUCAGUGUGAGCCUUAAAGUGAUUGUAAAGCAUUCUUUGUUUUGUUUUUUGUUUUUUUUAAAGGAAAACAAAAAAGAAAAUUAGGAUAAAAUCUUCAAACAGUAAUAACCUGUAACUGACGCUUUUCUAAAGAUGAUUUGGUGCUUUGUAUUUUUGUUGAUGUUGUUGUUGUGAUUUAGCUGAGAAUUGUUCAACUCACUUGGUGCAUUCGGGGAACCGCUGAUAAACGUUUUAUGUCACCUUCCUCUGUAAGUACGUGGCAAGAAAUAACACCACAGGAAAUCGAGAGCGUAGCAAGGUCAUCACCGUUUAGCUUAAGAGUUCUCACUGCAAGGAGACACUUCCACCUCCAUUGAUGGCAAAGCUUUAGAAGGAUAUCUGCUAGAGGUCUGAGACAUUUCCAGAUAAUCUUUUUGGUGCGUGAAGGUUUACAUUUCUUUAUUUCUGUGUUGAAGUUUCUUUGUUUUGAGUUAAAUCAUAGGCGGUGUAUAUGUAAUACCAUUUCUGGUUUCAAGAGUAUGCUCCUUUAAAAGAAUAUUCCCGUUCCAGGGCAUUUUUUCAAUCCCACCAUCCCUCUACUUGUGGGGGGGGAAACAACAACAACAACAAAAGAUAUUUUUAAGUGAAUACUGUAGUAUUUUCUCUGUGUGAUUGCAAUUUUUUAUUCCAGAAAUACUGUAACUGUCUAGGGUGCAAAAUUCCCAUGUUGAACUCUUCUGAAGAGAAAAUCAACAUGGGGAAAAGAUUUUUUAAUUAUGAUUAUGAUUUUUUUAUUUGAUGAAUCCUUUUUUUUUAAUGACAGUAGGUAUUUAAAGAAACUAGUACAAAUUUUAUAUAAUAGUUUAAAAAAGCUGAAUGCUUUCUUCGCCUGAAUAUACCUGAAUGGAAACAUUUUUUUCAAUCAGUGAUGCUUUGCAGUGUUCUGAGUGGGGUUUUUGGUUUUU